AUAAUGUACUUCUAGAAUUAGAAGGCACCUUUCCGUUAGCGGAAAGGCACCUUUCCGUUAGCCGAAAGUUGCCUUCUAAUUUGGGAAGUAGGCCUAUUUCACGAGCUACGUUGACGCGAUUCUACCGUGUAAAGUCACGACACAGCAUCUUGUAGGCGUUCAGUGGUGGUUUGCAUUGGACAUUCAGGACGGACCAAGCAAUGGAUGUUUCCAGUGCGAAUCCCUUCGAAGGAUUGAAGAUAGACUCCCAUGAACCGCUGCACAGAGCCACAGCCAGAGCCAGGUGUCCGGACUGCGGCUCCUCCAGGAAGUACUUCUGCUACCAGUGUCGCAUCCCCAUGGAAGCGAUCGCUGGAAAAUUUCAAACGGUGAAGCUCCCACUGAAGGUUGACAUCAUUAAGCACGCUUUGGAGUUGGAUGGCAAGAGUACGGCGGUCCACGCUCGCAUCCUGGCCCCAGAUCAUGUGACCAUCUACACGUACCCAAAUAUUCCGCAAUAUGACAAGAAAGAAAAGUUGCUCCUUGUCUUCCCGUGCAAGGAGGCUAUAUCUCUUGAGCAGUUGAUGGAACAACUCAGAAUAUCACCUGAUGAGCACAGCGGGAAUAGGCAAGACGAACCUCAGCUACACCUGCCCUCACACAACAGUAACACCCACCUAGGAAGCAGUGAACCCAGAACACAGAGUUGCCAGUUGGAACCUAAAAGAUCCGAAACAACAACUGUUAGUUCUCAAACGGAUGUGGUCCAUGAAGUGUCGGAUGCCCCACGCUGCUCUUGUCAGCAAGACGAAGGCAAUCUAACUCGGCCAACGAUCUUAUCUGAACGUUCAGCUGAUGAGACGAAUCAUUCUCCGGCCAAAAAUCAAACCCUAGUUGAUCCUGGAAAAGGAUUGGUUCAUUCGGUAGCGCCUGACGAAGACAACAAAUCCCACCGCUGCCACCAAAAAUGCGAGAACACCUUGCCUGAACAUCUGGGCGGAGAUGCAGAAACUAAUGAGAGGGACGAAGCUCAUUGUGGACAACAUGGGGCUAAGAUCGAAGAAGGGGCUAAGAUCAAAGAGGGGGCCAAGAUCGAAGAGGGGGCCAAGAUCGAAGAGGGGGCUAAGAUCGAAGAAUUGUCUAAGACAGUGCCGUUUGAGAGAGUAAUUUUCAUCGACUGCACUUGGAAUCAGACUGGAGUUUUUAGCAAAGAUGAAAGAUUAGCAGGAAUAAAAAGCGUCAUUCUGGAAGACAGGCUGACGACAUUUUGGAGAAAGCAGUAUCGCAAGCCGCAGACCUACCUAGCUACCAUCGAAGCCAUCUACUACUUCAUGGUCGACUUUCACAAGCUCGUCUUGAAGGAUGUGUACUCGGGACAGUACGAUAAUCUGCUUUUUUUCUACAGCUUUAUGUAUCAUCUUGUGCAGGAGACUACCAAAGAGCGAGAAAUACAGCAUGGGAAACGAUAGUUGUAUGGAGUGCAGAAUGUGUCAAACUAUUAAUAGCUGCAAUGUAGUAUGGAGUGCCAAACUCAUAUUUUUAUUACAUUGGUGAAUUAAAUAUACUCCCAAGUUUCUUGGGUUUUUUUAACAUGGAAAAUUUAAGUAUCAUGUUCACAUUUUACUGCAUGUUCUCAAUUUAAGGCAUUAUGUAAAUAUUAACAUACAGAUUCAUUUCGUUGUGGAACCGUUUGAAAAGCUUUUAGUUUGUAAGUCUUUACAACUCGUGGUGUGUAGUCU